CAACCGCAACCGCCUACUCCGUCACCCCUCCUUAUUCUUUUUUUUUCUUUUUUUGGAAAUGUUUUGAACCAUCUUCUUUUUUUUUUCUUCCCCUUGCCCUACCUCUUAAGCAGAGAUGUUACCCCGAGCAGAGACGUGACCUCCUAUUUCGGGAUGCUGGACCCUCUAAGUGGCGACGACUCCUCUUCAGCUGUAUGUCAACAUUUCUGGACGUUCAUCAGCCUGACGACGACGUAGUAGAGAGAGCAGACGAGGAUGCCGAGCAGAUCUGGGUUUUUUUUUCUGUUUUUUUUCUUUUUUCCAUUUUAGUUCUCUCUGAGUCUUGUUCGCCUUGACAGGGGUUGAAGAAAUGAAGGCAAAGUUUGAGGGUUCGUUUUUUUGGCUUCCGCUACACCUGUCCACCUGCACGCGCCCAUUAAACUCACAUUUUUGAAUUUUUUUAAAAAUAUUUUUUUAUUGUAAUUUAUUUAUUAGUAUUAUUAUUAUUAUUUUUUUACAUCGUCUACGAGGAAGAUUGCUGCCAAAUAGAACAAGUUAGAGAGUGUUUUCCGGCAUCGUUGGAGGGAUUCUACGUGCGCCCCCUGGGUGGAUAUGGCUUCAAUGAUGUUGGCGUCACUGUUAGAUGGAGAAAAGUCCGACACUUGAGUGUCAUUAUCCACUGUGGACUUUGGUUGAACGCUGAUCUAAAUAUCUAAAUGGGAGGAUACCCGGUGGACUGAUUCGGCAUUCGAGAAGGAGAACAUGUGGAUAAAAAGGAGUGUCGCCCGCAGCCCAUCUGCUUUGAGGCAAGGCAGCUGUGUGGGGCACCGGGUGUGGAUUCUGCUAGCAAUGACCCACAUGACCUUGGACUUCUCUGUCUGCAGCCCCCUCAGUCAAGGUUUGGGGAUCAAACUCAUGCCUAAGCCGGUGCCUCGCUCAAGACCUCGCCUGCAGCCCGAUUGGGACGCGCCUAGCAAGUUCCACUGGAGAACGGUGGGCCCUCUGUCCCGCAGGCUUUUGAACCCUAUCCCUGCACCCCAAGACAAUAAAUUAGGGAUAUGGCCAAAAGUCACAGUCCAAAAGCAUCGGAAGCCCCUGCACAAACGACCAACGCCGUGUAAGGAAUGCCGGUUGGUGUACUCGGAAAUGGAGACAGAUGAUCCGGUAAUCGCGGAAUCUCCAGCAGCUUUUUCCAGUGGGAACAGGGGAGACACAGCAAGGUUGCUACUUAGAGCCAGAAGGCAGCUCAAAUGGGAGAGCUUUGACAAGUCUCAGGAGGGCCGGACUACUACGGUGGCCGGAUUUAUUGACUGGGGACCCACAGGGACAGAUAGUAUAGAUGAGUAUGGCAAACCAGAGCCCAAAGUUAACCUGCCUACUAGGGCCUCAACGACCACAGUGGCCACAACCACUAGCACUACUACAAGGCUCUCCCAAAGGACGUUCAAUGUGGUGACUACACCAGAACCCAAGAGGCUAAGCACCACCAAGGCCACAAACAGCUUCGGGGAGACUGUCAAGCCACCAAAGCCAUAUGGGGAUACAUCAGGUUUGGCAGUUCACCAGAUAAUCACUAUCACUGUGUCUCUCAUUAUGGUCAUCGCAGCCUUGAUCACAACACUCGUCCUUAAAAACUGCUGUGCACAGUCAGGAAAUGGCCGCCACAAUAGCCAUCAGCGCAAGAUCCACCAGCAGGAAGAAAGCUGCCAAAACCUGACAGAUUUCACCCCAGCCAGAGUUCCCAGCAAGGUGGAUAUCUUCACUGCCUACAAUGACAGCAUGCAGUGCUCUCAUGAGUGCGUUCGGACUGCUGUGCCCAUCUACACUGACGAGAUGAUCCAGCAGACGCCUGUCUACAAGACUUCUUACAAUGGAAACAGGCCUUCCCCCUCUGAAAGACAACUGAUUCCUGUCGCCUUUGUGUCAGAGAAAUGGUUUGAAAUCUCAUGUUGACAAUUUAAAGGCCUUGUUCAAUUCCCUUGGGAGGAAGAGGAUUCCUGAAUUCAUGCUUUGGAUCCAAAUGGACGCAGCGGCUUCUUUUGUAAAGUAGUGUGAUCUCUCUUUGGACACUGGCGAAGAUAUUUAUUUUUCUAGAGAUGACAAACAGAGCAGUCACAGUGCAUACAGACUCCCAUAUUUCACUAUUAAGACGUAGACUAUAUACCGUAUUGGUACAUUCACAGGACGUGUGGACGAGACUGUGAAGAUCACUGAUAUCUCUAAUCAUUGAUACAUAUUUGACAUUUGACAAAGGCACCCAAAGGGGCUUCUGUGGGUGGAAGAUGAACUCGAUUUCUGAACAAUGUGCCAAUAAUGCCACUAUGUGCCACAAUCUGGAUAGAAGGAAGUUCUAAUGACAACAGAUGGACAAAACAAAGAGAGCUAUAUUAACCUUGUAUCAACAUUGUUUUUGUGUUUUUGUUUUGUUUUUUUAAGAAAUGUGAAAAUGCUACACGUAUUUGGAUAUGUAGUUUUAAGACAUUUUGGGAAAAAGGCUCAUAAAGUUAUUGAUUUAAAACUCUAAUAGACCGAGAAGAUGGAAGGAAAAAUAUAAUAUAAAGUCCCAUUUUAAAAAGAGAACAGUGCUAUUUUUUUUUUAACACUGAAAAG